CUAAAUCCUCCCGCGAACUACUUCUCGAGCUGACUCUGGAUGACUUCUCUCGUGGCAGUGCGGAAGUACCGGAGCAGUAACUGCGCGAGUCGGUCCACGCCGUGAAGAGAGAGGGGAGCGCGAUACAGACACCCGAACCAACUCCGCUACACUGCACUCGUAUGUGUGGCAUGUGACGGUUAGAGAGCGUCCAGUUACGAGAAGGAACAGGAAAGCAGGUCGUUUGGCUACAAAGAGCUCGACCUGUAGAAGGUGCACGCAGAGCUCUCCGGUGGUUCCCCGCCUCCCGCUGUGACCGAGAUGGAGCGGUUGUGCGGACCAAAGCUUCCGUUCUGGGUAUCCAACCGGACAUUUAAUUCCAGUUGGCCUGACCUCCCAGAGUGUUUUCAGCUCUCUGUUCUCUCAUGGGUGCAGUGCAUCUAUCUGUGGGCUGUCAGCCCAAUCUACAUCUUCUGUCUCAAGAAGAACAAGAAAGGAUACAUCAUGAUGUCACUUUUGAACAGGUUCAAGACGGCAUUUGGCUUUUUGCUGUGGAUUGUGUGCUGGAUAGAUCUUUUCUACACAUUGCACGAGGGGAAUCAGCCGCCCAUCUACUAUGUAACCCCACUCGUGCUUGGCAUGACCAUGCUGUUGGCCACAUUUCUGAUCCAGUUUGAGAGGUUACGCGGGGUCCAGUCCUCGGGGGUCCUCUUCAUCUUUUGGUUGCUGUGUUUGCUGUGUGCCACCGUGCCUUUCCGCUCCAAGAUCCUACAGGCUUCCAGCCAGGGCGAAGUCACAGAUAAGCUGCGGUUCACCACUUUCUACUUCUACUUCAGCAUGGUGGUCUGUGAGUUCAUUCUCUGCUGCUUCAACGAGAAACCUCCUCUCUUCUCCAAUGUUGUCACUGACCCUAAUCCUUGCCCUGAAGCUACAGCAGGUUUUCUCUCAAGGAUCACUUUUUGGUGGUUCACAAGUAUGGCUGUAAAGGGCUACAAAAUGCCCCUGGAGGCCAAAGACCUGUGGUCUCUGAACAAGCGCGAUAGCUCCAAAGUCAUGGUGCCCAGGCUCCUUAAUGAGUGGGAGAAGGAGGAGGCCAAGGCAAAGUUAAGUGAAGAGAGUGUGGCUAGCCAGGCUACGUACGCUAAGCCCCCGCCGUCAACCACCAACCACAUCUCAGGAGGAGGAGAAGGCGAAAGCAGCCCAGAGGAAGUAGAGGUGCUGCUGUCCAGUAAGAAAGUCGCGCACCAGCCAUCCUUCCUUCGCGCCCUCGUCAAGGCCUUUGGACCCUACUUUCUGAUUGGCUCAGGCUACAAGCUCCUGCAGGACAUCAUCACCUUUGUCAACCCACAGCUCCUGAAGAUGCUGAUCUUGUUCAUUAAAGCAAAAGAUGUUCCUAAUUGGUGGGGGUACACGCUGGCCUGCCUUAUGUUCUUCACGGCCCUGCUGCAAACCCUCAUACUCCACCAUCAAUUUCAGUACUGUUUUGUCACUGGCAUGAAUGUGCGCACUGCUGUCAUCGGAGCUAUCUACAGGAAGGCACUAGUGAUAACUAAUGCAGCCAAGCGUUCAUCUACUGUGGGAGAGAUAGUCAACCUGAUGUCUGUGGAUGCACAGAGGUUCAUGGAUCUGACCACCUUCCUUAACAUGCUGUGGUCUGCCCCUCUUCAGAUUAUGCUGGCACUAUAUUUCCUCUGGCAGAUCCUCGGUCCAUCUGUGCUUGCUGGGGUGGCUGUUAUGAUCAUGCUGAUCCCUUUUAAUGCAUUUAUCGCUAUGAAGACUCGAGCCUAUCAGGUGGAGCAGAUGCAGCACAAAGAUGCUCGUAUCAAGCUGAUGAACGAGAUCCUGAACGGCAUCAAAGUCCUCAAGCUGUACGCGUGGGAGAGCUCCUUCAAAGAAAAGGUCCUGGCCAUUCGGCAAAAGGAGCUUAUCGUGCUACGCAAGACGGCCUACCUCGGAGCACUGUCCACCAUGGCCUGGACCAGUGCGCCUUUCCUGGUUGCCUUGACAACAUUUGCCGUGUAUGUAACUGUGGAUGAAAAAAACAUCCUGGAUGCGGAGACGGCCUUCGUGUCGAUCUCGCUUUUUAACAUCCUUAGGUUUCCCCUCAACAUGCUUCCCCAAGUCAUCAGCAGCCUGGUACAGGCAAGCGUCUCAUUGAAGCGAGUCCAAAAUUUCCUGAGUCAUGAUGAGCUGGAUCCAGAUUCCGUAAACAGGAGCAACACAGUCACAGAAUUUGCAGUCACGGUUGUCAAUGGGAAAUUCACGUGGGGCAAAGACGACGCUCCUGUUCUACACAAUAUUAACGUGAUGGUGCCCCAGGGCUCCCUGCUGGCUGUGGUGGGCCAUGUUGGCUGUGGGAAGUCUUCCCUGAUCUCAGCAUUACUGGGUGACAUGGAAAAAGUGGAGGGAGAGGUUUCUGUUCGGGGGUCAGUGGCUUAUGUACCUCAGCAGGCCUGGAUACAGAACGCCACCCUGCGGGACAACAUCCUGUUCGGGAACCUGUACAAUGAGCAGAAAUACAAUUCUGUCCUGGAAGCGUGCGCCUUAACCCCAGACUUGCAGGUGCUGCCUGGAGGAGACAUGACUGAGAUAGGAGAGAAGGGCAUCAAUCUGUCUGGUGGUCAGAGACAGAGGGUGAGCCUGGCUCGAGCUCUGUACAGUGAUGCUGAUGUCUAUCUGUUGGAUGAUCCGCUGUCCGCGGUGGACGCCCACGUGUCCAAACACAUCUUUGACAACCUGAUCGGCCCAGAAGGGGCUCUGAAGGGCAAGACACGCAUCCUGGUGACACAUGGCAUCAGCUUCCUGCCUCAGGUGGAUAAUAUAAUGGUGAUGGUGGAUGGCCGGGUGUCAGAGAUGGGCUCCUAUCAGGAUCUCCUCAAGCAGAACGGAGCAUUCGCCGAGUUCCUCAGAAAUUAUGCCCUGGAGGAUAUUAUGGAGGAGGAUGAGGCCAGCGAUGAGAUCAUUGAAGAUGACGAAUUGUUCCCCGAUGACGCCCUUAGCAACCACACAGACAUGGUGGACAGUGAACCAAUGAUCAAUGAAGCAAAAAGAAGUUUUAUAAGGCAGAUGAGCAUUAUGUCCUCAGACGGAGAGAACCCCAGGUCCCGUUCAGUAAGGAGACAUGGCUGCAGCCAGCGAAAGCAUUCAGAGUCGCAAGACAAGAAGAAACCGCGCGAGAUGGAGAAACUCAUCCAGGCAGAAACGGCAGAAACCGGCCAGGUGAAAGGAAAGGUGUACCUGGAGUACGUCAAGGCAGUCGGACCACUGCUGUCAGUGGUCAUCUGCUUCCUGUACGGCUGUCAGAGCGCUGCCUCCAUCGGAACAAACAUCUGGCUCAGCGAGUGGACCAAUGACGCCGUGACGAAUAGGACCGCGGAAAAUGUUCAGAUGAGGGUGGGGGUGUACGCGGCACUGGGGUUUGCACAAGGUGUGCUGCUGUUGAUUAACUGCCUGCUGUGCCGGGCCUACAGUAUGCUGCAGGCAGCCAAGCUCACACACCGCAACUUACUUCAGGGGGUCCUGCGAGCUCCGCAGGGCUUCUUCGAGAGCACCCCUACUGGGCGGUUACUAAACCGCUUCAGCAAAGAUGUGGAUGCUAUAGACUCCCAGAUCCCAGACAAUAUUGACAUAUGGAUGCGCACUUUCUGGUACACACUGAAUGUGCUGCUCAUAUGCUGUGCCCUCACCCCAAUGUUCCUCAUAGUCAUAGCCCCGUUAAUGGUGUUCUAUUGGUGGGUUCAGGUAAAUAGGAAAAGAGUCUGCUAACUCAUUAAUAUAACAUGCAUGUCUGCGAGUGCUGUUGAGUGUGUGUGUGUGUGUGUGUGUGUGGUAGUAAACAGCUGCAUGUGGUUGAGGCAGUGAUCGUUGCUCGUCUAGAUUUAGUUGCUGUGUGGUUUGGUCUAGUCCAGUAGUCAUAAACUGUUGUGGCCUUAGUCGCUCAGUGGCCAGUCUGUAGUUUAAGACUGUGUGAGCCGUAGUUAUUUCAGUUGUUUUAUGGGUUUAAAAUGCAGAAAAACGUCAGUUAAACUGUUUUUUGCUGUAAUCAACAAAUGUGAAUUGGAUUGCAGUUAGUGCUGGGCAGUAUGACCUGAAAUAUCUAUCACACAAGUAUUUGCACAGUAGAUCAUGUUGUUGUUCUUGUUAUAGUUACUGCAUGAACACAUCUGACCAAUCACGUCACUGCAUUUGGCACUCGUAUCUCAAAGCGCGCACUGGUACUGAAUAUAGACGUGGUGAAAUAAUAGUACUUUGCGAGAAACACAGCUGUACGUCUCUAAGUCAGUCAGCUCUGUGAAAUGAUUUCUGUGUCGUCAGAUGCUGUCCCAACAAUGCUCAAAUAGCCCCACUGACAUGCUGAGAUAUGUAUGAAAGCUUCAACUCUGGAAUCAAACCAUGAAAUUCUCCCCGCCGCUGCCUUCUCACGAGAAUCGGAUAAAACCAGAAUCUCAAGUUUCUUCCUUUUCUUCUUCACAAACAUCAGGACCAGCUCGUUUCACGUCCACGUUAUUUUUUUCAGUGAACUCGUUCGGUUCAGUGUGUGUAUGUUACAAGUUCAUAUCUGAAAAAUUCAGAAUUUCGUGUCACUUUUUGCAACACACUCAUCGUGUAAUGGGCUUAAUUCCUAAAAUUCCUGUCAGUUCUGAUUCAAGAAUCGAUAUGAUGCCACUUUUCGUCAUUUUAGCAAGUCAAAUAACAAAAAGUUUUCACGUCAGUGCUCCUGCAUACGAGCUUGUGAGUGAAGCAUCACAUUUAUAAGUUAUUCUUCUAAACUUUGUAGCCCAAAAAAACCCCUGUUAGCCUUGAGAAACGUCUCUGUGUAUCAGAUAUAAAGGUAUACAGCCCAGCACUCGUUACAGUCGAUCCACGAAGGCAGGGCUUCUCUUAGGGCAGAAAUAAUAUUACUAACUGCAAAUCAGAUGUGGAUAAAGAGCCGUGCAUGUUUUUCCUGCUUUUAACAUCGUUCAGUGUGUCAAAAAGAAACUUAUCUGUUCCUCUGCGAGGUUUCAUAAAGCAGUAAAGAACAGUUUUUAAGGAAUUUUAUUUUUCAUUUCGCAAAACAUAUUUGGGCCUUUGCGCUUGAAAUUAACUGUCAUUGUUGGCCUCAUACAGAUAUAUCUCUAUCAUCAUAUAUGUUGUCCCAUAUGCACCACAAAAAAAUAUAAUUUUGGCUAAAAUGCUGUCAGGUUAUUUCAAUAGAUGUGUUGGCCCCAGCCUUGAAGGAUCCAGUGUAAUUUGGUUCUAGUUUGGGAGCUCGUAUUACUUAUUAAAAAGCUCAUGCAUGAACUACAUUUCUUUAUUUACAUCCUGUUUUUUAAACAAUCACAUGCACAAAAGAUGAGCAACUUCACCGAGGACAGGGCAAACAUUUCUGCCGUGAGAGCAGCCCUUUCUAAUCUGUUUAGUGGUGUUGGUGUCAGCAGCAGUGGUUAGUGUUGGUGGUAUCUCUCUAUAGUGUUCAGCACUGCUGUGUUAAUAUACGUUUUAAUAAAUGCUACGAGAUAUAAUCAACACUAACAUUCACAAUAUAAAUUUCUGCUGAUUACGUCGUCAGUUUUAAAGCCUCAUAGAGGUGGUUGUCUCAGUGGUCAAGCAACACUUUGUUGCCUAUAUGCAGUUAAAGGGCAAACUAACAAUUUUAACACAUGGUGUCCUUUUUACUUUUCUGGUAUCAGGGUUAUCUCGGCUUUCUAUUGCAUAUCACAGGUUUAUCUAACUCAUCGGAUGAAAUUGUGCAGUGUCAGCCCUUUGGCUUUCAGUUAAGUGUGCAGGCAUUUAGUUGAAGGCUCAAACAGCUGUUCAAUAACUAGGUGACUAGAAUAUGAAUGAGUAUGAAUCUCUUUUUGUCAGGUGCCAACUCACUACAGGUUUUUCUUAUAGGAUUUUGAAAGGCUUUAGGACAGGGGUGAGCAACUCCAGGCCUCAAGGAUCCUGCAGGUUUUAGAUGUCACCCUGGGUCAAAACACCUGAAUCAAAUGAUCAGUUCCUUACCAGGCCUCUGGAGAAGUUCAGGGCAUGUUGAGGAGGUAAUUUAGCCGUUUAAAUCAGCUGUGUUGGCUCAAGGACACAUCUUAAACCUGCAGGACACCGGCCCUCAAGGCCUGGAAUUGCCCACCCCUGAUUUAGGAUAAUACAGUUAGGUCUGGAGGUGACUGGGAAGUGACACAAUUUUCACAAUUUAAGCUCUCUGAUGCCACAGAAGAUGUAGUAGAUGAAGAAAGUUGUCUGUUAAACUUCAAUGCUUGGCUGAAUCUGAGUGAGCCCAGCAAUGUGAGACCGUGUUUACGUAACAGCCUGUCAGCAGAAAAUAUAACUGCAUAUUAUCCACAGAAGAUUGGAAAUUAACACUAACAUUUCCAGAGUAAUCUGACCCAACAGAAGCAUGUAGAUGGAGAAUAACAUGCGAUUCUGCCAGUGCAACAAAAACGUGAGACAUUUCAAGGACAAUGAUUCAAUUCAAUCCAAUUCAAUUUUAUUCAUACAGAAAUUGCAGCAACAGUCGUGUCAAGGCGCUUUAUAGUGUACGGUUAGACCCUACAAUAAUGCAUUCAGAGAAAAACCCAACAAUCAUAUGACCCCCUAUGAGCAAGCACUUUGGCGACAGUGGGAAGGAAAAACUCCCUUUUAACAGGAAGAAACCUCCAGAAACUUCAGGGAGGGGCGGGGCCAUCUGCCGCGACCGGUUGGGGAGAGAUUCACCUGGCUCCAACUCAACCUGUGAUUUAAACCAGUGCCCAAUUCUUUUUAAUGUUGAGACUGAUCGCUGGUUUGCACCUUGUGGUGAACCCUCUAUAUUUACUCUUGUGGCAUCUUGAUUUACCAUAGGUGUGGAUAAUGAUUUACGGACAUCCUAAAGAGUGUUAUCUACGUUUUUUGUUUUUUUUUAAACCAUGGAAGGAAUCCUGUGAUCAUUCAUCCAUUAUUUUUGUUUUCUGCAGAUGUUUGCAGAUGUCUUUUUUUAUCUUAUUAAGUACACAUUAACUCUUUUAGAAUGAACUAAAAUGUUUAUUAAGCCAUUAAUUGUAGUCAAAGGGAAGCCUGAUUAAAGUGGGCACAUUUAGCCACAUGUUGUGCCAUGACCACAUGAGGUAUAUACGUCUCAUAUUCUAACCUUUUCCUGUGUAACUAAUAAAAAUAUCUAUAACAUAGGUUACUUACAAGUCAUAUUUCACAUCAUGAACAUAUAAAACUGUCUAUACGAUUUAUUUAUUUUUUAAUAAAUAAAAUUGCAUCUUUCAUUUCAAAUGUGGCAUAAAGGGCAAAAAUGAUAAAAGUUGCGUCACUGCCCAAAGAUUUGCUUACCCUUGUCUUUAAGGGAAUAUUCUGUGUCCUCACUACGUGAUACUAACUGCACACUCACACAACUAAUAUCAGCUUAACAGUAACAAUAAAUGUUGUUCCUGCAGCUUUGUCAUGGCAUCCACUUUGCAUCGCUUGUCUCUCUGCCAUAUUCGUCUUUCGUCUGUGCUCAGAAACUACCAAAUACUCAGAAAAGCAGAACUAUUGCUUCAAGCUUCUAACACUUUCAGAAAUAUUACGGCUGUUUGUGUAUAAAUUUGAUUUGGAUGCAGAUAUAUGUGUAAUGAAAAACAAAACACCUGCAGAUAAAAAUCACCUGUUCUGUCAGCUCUGUGGAUUUUAUCAGUGAAUCUUGUUAUUUGUAUUAGUUUAAUAUGCUUAAAUGCUUAAAAGCUCAGGGUCAAAUAUCUGCAGUUGUUUUGUUAACAUAGGCUUUCUUCAUUACUCUGUGUGGGUGUGCGUGUGUAUGCGUGUGAGCCUGUAUUUGCAUCAUAUUUAAACAUAUCUAAGCACGUGGAAAGCCUUGUUGUGUUUUAACAUUGUCUGUUUUUCUCCCCCUCAAUGCUUGUAGAGAUUUUACGUUGCCACGUCUCGGCAGCUAAAGCGUCUGGAGUCGGUCAGCCGCUCUCCCAUAUACUCCCAUUUCUCUGAGACCAUCACUGGCUGUAGUGUAAUCCGAGCAUAUGGCAGGCACUCUGCCUUUGUUCU